AUGCCCCAUGAUCUUGCCGCCCUGUCCCAGAUUAUCGACGCGGCUUUUGAAGACCGCGCUUCCAUCGAAACCUCCACCACCGGUGAAGUCCGGGAUGCCGUGGAAACCACGCUGAACCUUCUCGAUCGCGGGGAACUGCGCGUUGCCGAGAAGAAUGACGGUGACUGGGUCGUCAACCAAUGGGCCAAGAAGGCGGUACUCCUGUCGUUCCGGCUGAACCCCAUGGAGGUGAUCAAGGGCGGACCGGGAGAAGCCGUCUGGUGGGACAAGGUUUCGUCCAAAUUCGACAGCUGGAGCGGUCCGGAUUUUGAAAAUGCCGGUUUCCGCGCCGUGCCGAACUGUACCGUCCGGCGCUCGGCCUUCAUCGGCAAGGGUGUGGUGCUGAUGCCGUCCUUCGUUAAUCUCGGCGCGUAUGUGGACGAAGGCACGAUGGUCGACACCUGGGCAACGGUCGGUUCCUGCGCCCAGAUCGGCAAGAACGUGCACCUGUCCGGCGGCGUCGGCAUCGGCGGCGUGCUGGAACCCUUGCAGGCGGGUCCCGUGAUCAUCGAGGACAACUGCUUCAUCGGUGCGCGCUCGGAAGUCGUGGAAGGCUGUAUCGUGCGCGAAGGGGCCGUGCUGGGCAUGGGUGUCUUUAUCGGCAAAUCGACGCGUAUCGUGAACCGCAUGACCGGUGAAAUCAGCUACGGUGAAGUACCGCCCUAUUCCGUUGUCGUUGCCGGGUCCAUGCCGACUUCCAGCCUGAUGGGCAAUGGCGAGGCGGCGCCGAACCUCUACUGCGCCGUGAUCGUGAAAACCGUCGAUGAGAAGACAAGAUCAAAGACCGCGAUCAACGAGUUGCUGCGCGACUGA